CCCGACUGGAAGCGGAAGUGGCUCUCGGAGGCGUUUUUGCUGCUUGUGUCAGGAGCAUCCUCACACUUUAAUUCCGAGAGGUCUCUGAGGGAGGUGUUGAGUACUUUGUAAGCAUCAUCUCAUUUCAUUUUCGUAACUCUAUGAGGGAGCCCCUGGGUCAGAUCUUCCUCCAGACUCCACCUCACCUCUCCUUAGCAGCUCUGCUUGAGUUUACAGAUGUCCGCCAAACUUUAGGCUCCUGAGAGAAUAAAAGUUGAGACCCAGCAUGACCAUGCCAGCUAAUUGGACCUCUCACCAGAAAUCCCUGGGCCUGGCUCCAGAGGAACAUGACAGCUCAUGUGAGGGAUCAGUGUCCUUCAGGGAUGUGGCUGUAGACUUCAGCAGAGAGGAGUGGCAGCAGCUAGACCUUGAUCAGAAAAACCUGUACCGGGAUGUGAUGCUGGAGACCUAUAGCCACCUGCUCUCAGUAGGGCAUCAAGUUCCUGAAACAGAGGUUUUCAUGUUGGAGCAAGGAAAGGAGCCAUGGGCAUUGCAGGGUGAGAGCCCACAUCAGAGCUGUCCAGAAGAAUUGUGGCAGAUUUAUGACCAGAUAGAGAGCUAUCAACAAAGAGAAAACAAAUCUUUAAGAGAUGUUGCUUUCAUCAAGAAAAUAUUGACUAUAAAGAGGGAUUAUGAAUAUAAGGACAGAAAAAUAAUUCAUGUGAGCCAAAACAUUCCUUCCCCAGAGAGACCUCAUCAAUGUGACUUAUAUGGAAGUGCUUUAAGCCAUAAUUUAGAUUUACACGGUCAUAAUAGAAACAGUGGAUCAAAGAACAUUAAUAAGAUUACUGAAUAUGGUAAAAUUUCUUCCUAUACUAAACAUGAGUGUACUCCAACAGGAGAGAAAUUAUGGGGCCAUAAUCAAUGUGGAAAAAUCCUCAGCUUUAAACAAGUACCCUGUCAACAUCAGAAAAGUCAUACUGGGGCAAAAUCUUAUAAAUGUGCUGAAUUUGGAAAUAUCUUCACCCAGAAGUCACAACUCAAGGUACAUCUGAAAGUGCAUACAGGAGAAAAACUGUAUGUAUGUAUUGACUGUGGGAAGGCUUUUGUACAGAAGCCAGAAUUCAUUACACAUCAGAGGACUCAUACUAGAGAGAAGCCCUAUAAGUGCAGUGAAUGUGGGAAAGCCUUUUUCCAAGUGUCUUCUCUUUUCAGGCAUCAGAGAAUUCAUACUGGAGAAAAACUCUAUGAAUGCAGUGAAUGUGGGAAAGGCUUCUCUUAUAACUCAGAUCUUAGUAUACAUCAGAAAAUUCAUACUGGAGAGAGACACCAUGAGUGCAGUGAUUGUGGCAAAGCAUUCACGCAGAAGUCCACACUCAAGAUGCAUCAGAAAAUUCAUACAGGCGAGAGAUCCUAUAUAUGUAUUGAAUGUGGACAGGCCUUCAUCCAGAAGACACACUUGAUUGCACACCGAAGAAUUCAUACUGGAGAAAAACCAUAUGAAUGCAGUAACUGUGGGAAGUCCUUCAUUUCUAAGUCACAACUGCAGGUACAUCAACGAACUCACACAAAAAUGAAACCGUCUAUAUGCAACGAAUAUGGGAAGGUUUUCAACAAUAGUUCCAACCUCAAUACACAUAAGAAAGUACAAACGAGAGAGAAAUCUUCCAUAUGUACUGAGUGUGGUAAGGCCUUUACGUACAGGUCAGAGUUGAUUAUACAUCAGAGAAUUCACACCGGAGAGAAACCUUAUGAAUGCAGUGAUUGUGGAAAAGCCUUCACUCAGAAGUCAGCACUCACAGUGCAUCAGAGAAUUCAUACAGGAGAAAAAUCAUAUAUAUGCAUGAAAUGUGGGCUAGCCUUCAUCCAGAAGGCACACUUGAUUGCCCAUCAAAUAAUUCAUACAGGAGAGAAACCUUAUAAAUGUGGUCAUUGUGGGAAAUCCUUUACUUCCAAGUCACAACUCCAUGUGCAUAAACGAAUUCACACAGGAGAGAAACCCUAUAUGUGCACUAAAUGUGGGAAGACAUUUACCAACAGGUCAAAUCUCAUUACCCAUCAGAAAACUCAUACAGGAGAGAAAUCCUAUAUAUGUCCUAAAUGUGGCAAGGCCUUCACACAAAGGUCAGACUUGAUUACACAUCAGAGAAUUCAUACUGGGGAGAAACCUUAUGAAUGCAGUACCUGUGGAAAAGCCUUCACCCAGAAGUCACACCUCAAUAUACACCAGAAAAUUCACACUGGAGAGAGACAGUAUGAAUGCCAUGAAUGUGGGAAAGCCUUCAACCAGAAAUCAAUACUCAUUGUGCAUCAGAAAAUUCAUACAGGAGAGAAACCCUAUGUGUGCACUGAGUGUGGAAGAGCCUUCAUCCGGAAGUCAAACUUUAUUACUCAUCAGAGAAUUCAUACUGGGGAGAAACCUUAUGAAUGCAAUGAUUGUGGGAAAUCUUUCACCUCCAAAUCUCAGCUCCUGGUGCAUCAACCAAUUCACACAGGAGAAAAACCAUAUGUGUGUGCUGUAUGUGGGAAAGCCUUUAGUGGCAGGUCAAAUCUCAGUAAACAUCAGAAAACUCAUACUGGAGAAAAGCCCUACAUCUGUUCUGAAUGUGGGAAGACCUUCAGACAAAAGUCAGAACUGAUUAUACAUCAUAGGAUUCAUACCGGAGAGAAACCUUAUGAAUGCAGUGACUGUGGUAAAUCGUUCACUAAGAAAUCACAGCUCCAAGUGCAUCAACGAAUUCACACAGGAGAGAAGCCUUAUGUGUGUGCUGAGUGUGGGAAGGCCUUCACUGACAGAUCAAAUUUGAACAAACACCAGACAACGCACACUGGAGACAAACCCUAUAAGUGUGUAGUCUGUGGGAAAGGCUUCGUUCAGAAAUCAGUUCUCAGCGUGCAUCAGAGUAUUCACACUUGAGAGAAACAUUCUGAGAAAACCUCACCACUGAGGCCAGCCGCCACCGUGGUGGCUGUGGUGCUGGUGGUGGUGGCAGCAGCGAUUCAGAUAUGUGAGAUCUCGAGACCAAGCGCCGCUGGCUUCACAAUGACAAUCGCCACUGCAAUGCGCAGCUCCGAUAAGCUCCGGUGGAGUGACAGCGCCGUUGGACGGUUGGCAGGGUCCAGCGGCUACCGCGGUGGCGGCGUUGUCAAAGAUGGCAGCACAUACUCAGAGAUCCGGGAUAUUGGUUGCCAGGUGGCGGCCGACAGCCUCAAAGAUGCGACUGAGUCUGCGCACGGCCACUCCGGAUGGGAAAUGCUCAUUCCGUGGAGAGGCGGCGUGGUGCGGCAGUUUCAGGUUACGGGCGCGGAUGCGGGGAAAAUGGGAAAGGUCAGUGUGAGAAACAGUCCAAAUUCAGGACCUGUAGCCUGCAGGGAAUUCCCUGGCGGUCCAGUGGAUAGGACUUGGCACUUUCACUGCUGUGGCCCGGGUUUGAUCCCUGGUCAGGAAACUAAGAUACUGCAAGCAGCGGGUCAUGGCCAAAAAACAAAAAAGCCUCCAUGUGGUUGCCUGCCUCCAUUUGACAGUUUCCUGAGUGCCCUGUACACCUUUGGGUCCCACCACCUCGCUGGACAGCAGGGCUCUCCUUGGGGCCCACAGGACCUUGGACACGUCUACAGAAGGCCCUGUCAGCAACUGCAGCUGAGGGCCGCAGAUCUUUUUCCAAGAAAACAGAAAAUGAUCGAGUACCAGCAGAGACCUGUGUCAUUCAAGGAUGUGGUAGUGGGCUUCACUCAAGAGGAGUGGCACAGGCUGAAUCCUGCUCAGAGGGCCCUAUACCGGGAUGUGAUGCUGGAGACCUACAGCAACCUCGUCUCAGUGGGUUAUGAAGGCACCAAACCAUAUGUGAUCCUCAGGCUGGAGCAGGAAGAAGCACCAUGGAUUUGUGAGGCGUCAUGCUCAGGCUGCCACUGUUGGGAAAACAUUUGGCAAGGUAACGUCCAGAAGAAGAGACAGCAAGACAUGCUUUUGAGGCAAGGUACAUUCAUCAGCAAGAAAACGUUGCCCAAGGAAAGAAGCCAUGAAUGUAAUAAGUUUGGGAAAAUAUCACAUCUGAGCACUGAUCUUUUUCCUUCAAUUCAAAACCCUAAUAACUGGGACUCUUGUGGAAAGAGUGUGAACCAUAAUUUAGACUUGAAUGGUUUUAAGAGAAACUAUUCAAAAAAGCAAGAUGAGUGCUAUGGAUGUGGGAAAUUAUUACAACAUACAAAGCAUGAUAGAAGACCUAAUGGAGAAAAAUUCUGGGAAUGCAGUCACUGUGAGAAAGCUUUCAGCCAUAACCCAGCACUUACGUAUAAACCAGCAGUAACCAAUUCUCUUGUGUACAAACGGAAGAGGGUUCCACCUACAGAGAAACCCCAUGUCUGUACUGAGUGUGGGAAAGCCUUCUGCUACAAGUCUGAAUUCAUUAGGCAUCAAAGAAGUCACACUGGGGAGAAGCCAUAUGGAUGCACUGACUGUGGAAAAGCCUUUUCACAUAAGUCAACCCUCAUUAAACACCAGAGAAUACACACUGGGAUAAGACCCUUUGAGUGUUUCUUUUGUGGGAAAGCUUUCACCCAGAAGUCACACCGCAGAGAACAUCAGAGGACACAUACAGGAGAGAGACCCUUUGUGUGCAAUGAAUGUGGGAAGUCAUUUGGUGAGAAGUCAUACCUCAAUGUACAUCGAAAAAUACACACAGGAGAAAGACCCUAUCGUUGCAGAGAAUGUGGAAAAUCCUUCAGUCAAAAGUCAUGCCUCAAUAAACAUUGGAGAACUCAUACCGGAGAAAAACCCUAUGGAUGCGACGAAUGUGGCAAAGCUUUCUACCAGAAGCCAAACCUCAGCAGACAUCAGAAAGUUCAUGCUAGGAAGAAUGCUUACAGGAAUGAAAACCUAAAAAUUGUAGGAAAGCCUUGAACAAGAUAUCCUGUUUCAUUAUAUGUGGAGGAAUUCAUCCUUAGGAGAAAUCUCAUUAAUCUAAUGACCAAGUGUUUUAUCAUAAGGCAAGUCAUGCUCCAAUUGUGACAGAAAGUUUUAUACUAAAGAUUAUAGAAAAUAUUUUAUAAAACAUAAACCUGUUCAUUCUGGCUUAUGAAAGUUUAAAUGAUAACAGAAUACAAAAUAUAUGUGAAGAAAAUUAGAGGUAUAUUAUGGUAUGUCCCACAGUGAGCCACAUAAUAAGCACUACUUAUAUUUUAGAAUUAUAAAUGUGAAUUUAAUAAAUUAUGAAUGUCAAGCACAUAUGUAGAAUGCCAUUCACCAAACUUUUUCACUCUAAAUAUCACCAUUGUCUUUUGGUGUCUAACAAUACAAAAAACAACAACAACAAUAAUAAUAAUAAUAUGGCCAGCUAUUUUUUUUUAAAGUUUUAACAUAUUAAACCAGCACAUUUUCUCCACCUUUUCUAGCACAACUGGCUUUUUAAUCAGGAAGAAAGUAAAGUUGAACCAACAGCACAAACCAUACGAAAAAAAAACCUGCAGGCAGACUUAAGAUUUAAAAUUUUAAAAUAACAGUAAAAUUCUUGAAAUAAAAUGAAAGGAGACUACAUGUACAAUCUAGGAAUUGGGGGAGAUUAACUUUACCAACCCAGGACACUCAAAAGCUGUUAAAAAAUAAAUAUUUGACUACAUAAAAAGUGCAAUCAGACUUCCCUGGUGGUGCAGUGGUUGGGAGUCCGCCUGCCAGUGCAGGGGACACGGGUUCGAGCACUGGUCUGGGAAGAUCCCACAUGCUGCAGAGCAGCUAGGCCCGUGUGCCACGACUGCUGAGCCUGCGCUCUAGAGCCCGCAAGCCGCAACUAUUGAGCCCACGUGCCUAGAGCUUGUGCUCCACAACGAGGAGAAGCCACCGCAAUGAGAAGCCCACGCACCGCAACAGAGAGUAGCCACCGCUCGCUGCAACUAGAGAAAGCCCCCGCACAGCAAUGAAGAUCCGAUGCAGCCAAUAAAUAAAUAAAUAAAUAUAUUUUUUUAAAAAAGUGCAAUCUUUUGCACGGCAAAAGAUGCCAUCAACAGUCAAUAAACAAUGAUUUGGGGGAAAAUAUUUGCAGAGCCAAUCAGAGAAAGAGUGGUCUUCGUAUUGACAGGAAAGAAAAUAACCCAAUAGCAAAACAUGGCAAAGAAUGGACAGUUGAGAGAAGAGCAAAUCCAAGUGGCUGAUGGGCUUAUCAAAAAAAUGGUUAGGGCUUCCCUGGUGGCGCAGUGGUUAGGAAUCCGCCUGCCAAUGCAGGGGACACGGGUUCGUGCCCCGGUCUGGGAAGAUCCCACAUGCUGCGGAGCGGCUAGGCCCGUGAGCCACAACUACUGAGCCUGCGCAUCUGGAGCCUGUGCUCCGCAACAGGAGAGGCCGCGACAGUGAGAGGCCCGCGCACCGCGAUGAAGAGUGGCCCCCGCUCGCCGCAACUGGAGAAAGCCCUCGCACAGAAACGAAGACCCAACGCAGCCAAAAAUAAAUAAAUAAAUAAAUAAAUUUAUUUUUUUAAAAAAAAGGUUAGCCUCAGUAGUUGUUGGAGAAUGCAGAUUUAAGUUAUAAUGACAGUAUGCAAUCAAGCUGACGAAAAAGAGCAGGAAUGCUUUUUGCUCUCAGGACAAAGGGUGUUCUUAAGACACUGCUGGUAGAAACAUGAAUUGUUACAGCUCUUUUGAAAAGCAAUCUGACAUCUAUUAUAACUUAAAAUACUUAUGCCACUUUGGGGAAUCUUCUCUUAGAAGUAAAACCCCAAUACAUAAGGGACAUGUACAUUUAUUGUGAAUUGUUCCUAGUGGCAAAAAACACUAGAAUCAAAAUAAAUGCCCAUCAGCAGGGAAACUUGAAGAGGGAAGGAACUAUAGUAUAUCCAUUCCAUAGGAUGUUUAUAUAGCCAUUAAGGUGGACAAGUUAAAGCUAUGCUAGUGGACUUGAAUGGAAUUCCACAAUGUUUUCUUGAGAGAAAAAAGCAAGGGAGAAGUGUGUAAAAUGACUCUGUUUUUGUAAAUCAGUUACAAAAUGCUUCUAGGUGCUUAUGAGUGAUAAACGUGUAUCAUAUAUGUUUGUGUAAGAUUUUAUAUGCAUGGAGAAAAGUAUAGAAGAGUAUACAUUGGGUUCGGGGAAGGUGGGUGAUGCAGGUGGAUAAUGGGGUAGUCAGAGAAGGAAAAUGAAAGCCCCAAAGAAAAAUUAUGUAAAUAACUGAACCAAGUAUGAUAUGUCAAAUAUGUGAUUAAGAAAUUUGAGGGGGAAGCUAGAACUCUACUAAUUUGUGGAGAUAUUUGUGGUAUAUUGUUAAGUGAAAAGAGAAAAUUUCAGAAUAAUGUAUAUGAAUCUAUUUUUUUAAAUUAAAACACGUAUAUGUGUGUUUAUGCAUGUAUGUGUUUAUAUGAACAAAGAGAAAAGUGUGGAGGGAUAGAUAUAAAACAAGGUAUUAACAUUGGUUACCCUGGUGGGGAAUGGAAAUGUAAGUAGUUGUUUAAUUUAUAUAUCUUUGUAUUGUUUUACUUGUUACAAACAUAUGUUACUUUUGUAAUUUGAAAAACAAAAUAAAGGGGGGAAGAGUGUUUUGAAAUA